AUGAAUUCUCGCUGCUAUCCUGAGGGGCCCCCCACGGAGGGCCCCCCCCGAAGUUCCGUUUCUUGCACCCCAGCAGCAGCAACAGCAACAGCAGCACCAGCAGCAGCAGCACCAGCACCAGCAGCACCAGCAGCAGCAGCACCAGCACGCGGAUUGAGCAGCUCGGAGAGGCGCUUGAGAGGUGUGCCUUCAGGUGUCUGUGAGGCCCCCCAGGGGGCCCCCAAGCCAAUCUUGAGGUCUCAGGGCUCUGAAAGAGAGGGGCCCCCGUCUGGGCCCCCAUCUUCGAGCCGUUCUCAGGCGGAGGGUUUUGAGCUUCCGUUGCUGCUGCUGCAUGGGGGGGCCCCCAGGGGCCCCCCGGGGGCCCUCAGUGGUCUAGAGGCCCCCCCAGAUGAUGAAGACUGGCAGGCGGAGGUAUCAGCUUCUGUUGCUGCUGCAUUUCGAGAUAUGCGAGGCAGCAUGUUCUUAUCCAGCAGCAGCAGCAGCAGAUCAUCACGGCUAGGCCUAGGAGACGCGCUGCUUUGCGGGGGGACCCCCAGGGCCCCCAGGGCCCCCAGGGCCAGCAGGGGGGCCCCUAGGGGGGCCCCUAGGGGGCCUCUUGGCAGCCCCACCUUAUCCGCAGCUUCGCGUUCAACAGACAGAACGUCAAGCGCAACUCCUUCAGAGAGAACAGUAAACAGCAGUCAGCAGACACCUCGGGGCCCCCGAGGUUUACAAGAAAGGGUACAGCCCCCAGGGACCCCAACCUCUGAAGAGGGGGCCCCCGGGGGCCCCCAUGAAGGGGGUCCCCGGCGAGAAGAUUAUAUAGAAGAGUCGAAGGCCCCAGGCCUCGGGGGGCAGCACAAUGCAGGAGAGAAAGUUGCGACGGGGGGCCCCUCACCGCAUGCACACGAAGGAGGGGCCCCAGAGACUGUUGCUGAUAUCCAGACAGAGUUUCUUGCAGCCUAUACUAUUACCCCGCUGCACGUUGCUGCUGGAGCAGAAGCAGCAGCAGCAGAUGCUGCACCAGACGCUGCAGCACCGGAGGCCGAAGACGCAGCAGCAGGCCCACAAAACGGGGGGACCCAAGCAGCAGCAGCUGCAGCAGCAGCAUCAGCUGCGGCUGCUGCUGCUGCAGCAGCAGCAGCAGAAAUCUCUUCUUCGUGCUGCACCCCUCAUUCAGAGCAUACGGCUAAAGAGGGGCCCCCGCAAGACCCUCAGGGGCCCCCAACAUCAGCUUCAAGGGGUUCCCUGAGCAUGGCGAAGUCUCCUGCUCCAAAAUGGAGCCGCGGCAUCUUCAGACGGCCUGGGGGUGUAUCAGGGCCUCUAAACACCUGCGACAGCGCGGCUCUAUGGUCUGCAACGAUAUCCCCAAAGGGAGAGUGGUUAGCAGCAGCAGGUCAAACUGGCGUUGUCUUUCUUUGGUCGGUGCCGGGGCCCCGAGUACCGCCGGGGCCCCGUGGGGGCCCCCAGGGUCCUGGGGGGCCCCGUGGGGGCCCCCACUCUGCUGGGGGCCCUCGUGGGGGUCCUCAGGGUUUCGGGGGGCCCCGUGGGGGCCCCCAGUGUCCCGGGGGGCCUCCAGGGCCCCGUGGGGGCCCCCAGGGUACAGGGGGGCCCCCGGGUCCCCGUGGGGGCCCCCAAGGUUCUGGGGUCGGGGGGCCCACAGGCCCCCGUGGGGGCCCCCAAGGUGCCGGGGGGCCCCCGGGGCCAGCGAAGAGGGGAAUGGGUGGGGGGCCCCCGUCUGAGAAGGCAUGUGGUGAAUGUUUAAAAGAAACAGUAGGAAGGGUUUCAUCUGCUACGACUGAGGGGGCCCCCGGGGGGCCCCCCUCUUGCCCUGUUGAGGGGGGCCCCUCAGGAGAAGAAGAUGCAGGAGGACGAGGAAGCUACUGGUUUCUAAGAGAGAGGCCGGACUUAUGUUUGACAGGUCAUGGUGCCUCAGUUAUUUUAUUGUGCUGGGCUCCGACUUUGAAGCUCUCUUUGCUUUUAUCUGCUUCUCUUGAUAAAACUAUCCGUCUUUGGAGGCCCUCAAAGGGCCCCGCAGCAAUUGCUGUUCUCAGGUGUACAGACUGGCCAACAAGUGCUUCCUUCCAUCCUAUCUUCAAGGACGUUAUAUUCACGGGGUGUCUCGACGCUACUAUUCAAGUCUGGCGCCUCCUCUCUACAAGAGCGAAUGGGGGCCCCCGGGGGGCCCCCGAGCAAUUUGAGUCUCGUAUUGUUGAAUAUCUGAAAGUGCCCGAGUUGGUUACUGCUCUCUCCAUCUCCCCCAACGGCGGUAUUUUGGCUGUCGGCUUUCGCAAUGGUAGCAUUUCGUUCUACGACGCGAGGACGCUCAAGUUCUGUUCGGAAGUUGACUGCAAAAACCGAAAGGGGAAAUUUGCAAAGGGGAGGAAGGUGACGAGCUUAGAGUGGCUCCCAGACGGAACAUCUCUGCUGGUUGCAACGAACGACUCCCGCAUCCGCAUCUUUGAUGUUUCUAGCCUGACUUGCGUCUACAAAUUCAAGGGGCACGUGAACGCGCAAAUAAUGCUGAAGGCGACCUAUACUGCAAACGGCUUGGGAGUUGUAUGCGGCAGCGAACUGGGCAGAAUUUGUUUCUGGAGGGUUGCGGGCCCCACAGGAGAAGUAGCGAACUCAACUAGGACGCGGUUGCAGCAAUGGAAGAGAGUUACGAACAAUUCUCCUGAAGACUUCAAAGCGUUUGAUGAGCUGUUAACGUUUGCUGUUGCUGCUCCUCCAGCGUUUGCUUCUUCUCUUUUGUCUUAUUUAUCAGUGCACCCUCUUUCUUCUAAGUCGCACUUCUAUGCUCAGACGCAGCAAAUACAGAAAGCUCAGGGGCACCCCUCCCAGCAGCAGCAGCAGCAGCAGCAGCCGCAGCAGCAGCAGCAGCAGCAGCAGCAGCAGCUGCAGCAGCAGCAGCAUCGGUCGGGCAUCAGCAGCAUCUGCGGAAGCCCCCCUAUUAGAAAUUCGUUUGCAACUUCGGGUGUAAAAACAAACAAAUUCAGAGCACUACUAUCUCUCAGAAGACAGAAAGGAUAUUUAAGACCCUCUGCUACAGGAGCAGCAGCAGCAGCUGCUGCUGCUGCUGCUGCACCGGUAGCAGCAACAGCUGCAGCAGUAAAAGCAAAAGCAGCAGCAGCAGCAGCAACAGCAGCAGCAGCAACAGGAACAACAGCAGCACCCUCUGCCGGCUGUAGCAACACAGAAUCAUCGCCUGCAGCAUCUGCUUCAUCAUCAUCAGCAGCAGCAGCAGCACCAGCGGGAAGAACAGCAACAGCAGCAACAGCAGCAUCAGCAGCAGCAGCAGCAUCUAGUGCUGCAGAUGCUUGUGACUCGGACGACAGCGACUUAUGUGCUGCUUCUCUUGCUGCUCUAUCUGCUGCUGAUUCUUUAGUUGAAAGAAGCGGGGCUUCUAAAACUCUUCCUGAAGGCAGAUCUUUCUGCUGGCGUGCGGGCAGAAGGCUGCACUUGGGGCUGCCUCUUAACAGCUACGAACUAUGCAAGCAGCAGUCAGAUGCGGCAAACUUGGUUGUGGUUGCUGGAAGCUACACAGGAAAGAUUAGGGUUUUUGUGAAUCUUGCGGGUCUUCUAUAUGCAAACCCUAAACCAUGA